AUGGAUUACGUAGUAGGAAGUGUUGCAGCCCUGGUUACUGGAAACGUAACACCUAACCGGCCAAAAUUCAUGAAGAGAGCACUAACUCCGAUAAAACAUCAACCCUCGCCGAACGUGACACCUAAAAGUGAGGUAGUUGAAGACAGAUCAAUUUUUCUUUCGCCGACGUUGCAGAAGAAGAAAGCUAUCGUCAAAAAAUCACCGAAAAGAAUAUUUGAGAACCCUGACUUAGACGCGAGCAAUGAUGCUGAGGGCAAUCCAAACACAAAGAGUCCAAAAGCUGACAAAGUCAAGAAACAUCUUAAAGAAGAGUUGGAGGGGGAUACCGCAUCAAAUUUUAAGUCAUCGAAAAAUAAAAAGACCAAAGUUAAAGAGCCAGCCCUUCAAAACGAUUCAUGGAAAGUAGAAGAUGAGACAAUUAAUUUGGAUAAUUCUCAGGAUCAAAAUGAAAGCACUCCUAAAAAGAAGAAAAGACAAAAAACGGUGGUAGCAAAUGAUGACAGAAUUGCAGAAACAGAAGAUACCACUGACAAUAAUACAAAAAUACAAAGGAAAAAGAAAAACAAAAUGCUCCAGAACUCUUCAGAAAAAAUUGUGAAAAAUCACCUUAAUGAGCAUUCUAAUGAUGACCAUGACAAUGAAUCAAAAAGCUGUGAUAACAACAAAGAAAAUGAUAAAAGCAAUGAACAGAUACUGUCAGUUAUUAGCCCGAAGAAGAAAUACAAACAGAAAGCCUUACAUCAGGAUACUGUUGUGGAGGAAGGCAAUAUCAAUAAAGAAAUUGAAGAUUCAGCUGAUUCAGGCAUUAUACAAAAUCAGAUGGAAAAUAGGAAAAAGCGGAAUAAAUUGAAAUCAAAAACCAAUGAAGUAGUAGACACAAAAAUUAUUGCGAAUCAAGAAGACAAAGAAUCCAAUAAGGAUAAUAAUGAAAAGAAAUCAAAAAAGAAGAAGAAAGGGAAGCAAGAAGUAUUUAUCAACCCCAAUGCAGUAACUGAUAAAGAUACAGACUCUGAACAUGAGUCUGAUAAUGAAAUAGAAUCGGAAAAUGACCAGAAUAAUGAAGAAGUUCUUGAUACGGGCCCAAUAGAAGAAAGUUCAGAUGAAGAAGAGAAGGUCCCAGAAAAAAAAGAAAAUGAAAAUGUAACAAAUAAUAAAGAGGCAUUUAUACAAACGGAAGAACAAAUAAAAAGAACCCUGUUUGUCGGUAAUGUGCCAUUCAGUGUUAAAUGUAAGAAAGAAAUUAAGAAAAUUUUUAGCAAAUAUGGGCAGAUUGAAACAGUAAGAAUCCGCACAGUUCCAGUGAAAGACGCCCGGGUGACUCCAAAGCUCGCCGUGAUCAAGAACGAACUGCACCCUGAUCGCUCCACUGUUAAUGUUUACGUUAAAUUUCGUGAUGUAUCCUCUGUGAAGGAGGCUUUAGCAGAAAAUGGCACAGUUCUAAAUGACCAUCACCUGCGUGUGACCCGCAGCGAUUGCACCGGCUCGGAGCACGAUCCGAAGAGUUCAGUUUUCGUCGGCAACCUGCCCUUUGCUCUGGAGGACGAAGCUUUGUACAAGUUGUUCCAAAAGUGCGGUGAGAUCGAGUCCGUCAGGAUCAUAAGGGACAAAAAGACUAAUGCCGGAAAAGGCUUUGGAUAUGUGAAUUUCAAAUCAAAAGAUGCCGUAGAAUUGGCACUUGCUCUUCCAGAGGAAGAUUUGACAAUGAAGAACAGGAUCAUCCGUGUGAAAAGAUGCACUCAAAUAACUCUGAAACAAAAACCUCAGCAGGACAGUCGCAGGGGCAAUUUCCAGGGGAGUCCUGGCAGGGGAAAUCUACAAAGAGAUAAUGCACGUGGCGGUAUGCAGGGGAACUUUAGAAGGGGCGGUGGACAUGGCAGCUAUGGACGAGAAAAUGCGCAAAGGGGCUCCGGAAGGGGAAGAGUUCAAGGAAGCUAUGGAAGGGGAAACGCGCAAAGGAACUUUGGCAGAGGCCAUUCGCACAGCAAUUACGGAGAUAAUGGCCAGAAAAAAUUCUCUGGGGAAGUUGGGCAAGGCCAGGGUCAGUUUGAAAACAGACAGUCAAAGCCCAAUGACAGUAAGGCUGACGGCGCUAUGAGGAGGCUAAUGAAUAAGAGAAGGAAUCAGGAUGACGCUGGCGAAGGCCCGCAGAAUAAGCGGCAGAGAAAUAUAAACCAGCCGGGGAAGAAGACACGCAAAGAAUUCGUCGGCAUGACGGCAGAGAAGAAGAAGAAACACAAGGUCUCCAAGGGGCAGAAGAAGAAGAAGGCUCUCAGCGAGGUCUUAACAAAACAA